UCCGCGCCGAGGAACCUCUGGGCUCCCCAUCCCACCUUCACCCAGGAUCCUGCUUCCAAAAACAUCAACGUGACGUGGGAUCCCCCGGAGCACCCCAGUGGCGUCAUAUACUCAUACAGUCUUAAAUAUAACGGAGGAGCCUGUGCAGUUCCAGUUGACGAAGGUGAGAAGACUGAUCUUCGAUGUCUUGUGACGGUCAUGCCAGAGACCAACUACACCUUUAGGGUCACCGCCAGAUAUAAAGUUCCGGAGAUUGACAGCGAGGAGGCUGUCUUUAACCUGUCCGUCGGAGCAGGAAAGCCAUUCUUCAAGGGGUUACCAGCGUGGGAUGACGAGGAAGACAUGACACUGGAGCGCGACAAGGAGCACGCCAUCAUUCUUAACACGACGACCUUCAGUAACGACAAUGGCCGCGUCAGGAGGUACGAGAUACUGCUGUCGGAGGGCUGUGACCACAAGUUACAUGAGAAGUUAAUUAGCAAUGGAUCUGCCAUUAACUUACGUCCCAGGGUGAAGUUUGUCAUCGGAAAGGACUGGGAGCGGUGCGGUGGGUGUGAUAACCCACCUCUCAAGCCCAGUACACGGUACUCCUACCGCGUCCGCAUCUACACCUCCAGCCACUCCAAUGAGUCUGAGUCGAAGUGUUUCAGCACCGUUGCACCUUCCGCGCCGAGGAACCUGCGGGCCCCUCAUCCCACCUUCACCCAGGAUCCUGCUUCCAAAAACAUCAACGUGACGUGGGAUCCCCCGGAGCACCCCAAUGGCGUCAUAUACUCAUACAGUCUUAAAUAUAACGGAGGAGCCUGUGCAGUUCCAGUUAACGAAGGUGAGAAGACUGAUCUUCGAUGUCUUGUGACGGUCAUGCCAGAGACCAAGUACACCUUUAGGGUCACCGCCAAAAAUAAAGUUCCGGAGAAUGACAGCGAGGAGGCUGUCUUUAACCUGUCCGUCGGAGCAGGAAUACCAUUCUUCAAGGGGGAACCAGCGUGGGAUGACGAGGAAGACAUGACACAGGAGCGAGACAAGGAGCACGCCAUCAUUCUUGACACGACCACCUUCAGUAACGACAAUGGCCGCGUCAGGAGGUACGAGAUACUGCUGUCGGAGGGCUGUGACCACAAGUUACAUGAGAAGUUAAUUAGCAAUGGAUCUGCCAUUGACUUACGUCCCAGGGUGAAGUUUGUCAUCGGAAAGGACUGGGAGCGGUGCAGUGGGUGUGAUAACCCACCUCUCAAGCCCAGUACACGGUACUCCUACCGCGUCCGCAUCUACACCUCCAGCCACUCCAAUGAGUCUGAGUCGAAGUGUUUCAGCACCGUUGGUAAGUUGUAUAACACAAAUAGCUUUGUAUUUUUCUCAUACAAUCCAUAACUUAGUUAUGGAUGG